CAAAAUCUCAACCUAGAAGACACAAAACACCUGUCUUCUACUGCGUACCUCUCAACACCGCCCCCCCCUCUCUCUGCAUUUUCCUGUGGUGGGACCACUCAGGUUGGCAAACGGCGAAGAAAAGGAAAGCAGAAAUGAUUAUCAACGUGAAGGAGUCUACAAUGGUGCGGCCGGCCGGGGAGACACCCCGGCGAGCGCUGUGGAACUCGAACGUAGACCUGGUGGUGCCGCGGUUCCACACACCGAGCGUGUAUUUCUACCGGCCAACCGGCGCGGCCAACUUCUUCGACGCGAAUGUGCUCAAGGAGGGCCUCAGCAAGGCACUCGUGCCCUUCUACCCGAUGGCCGCCCGCCUCAAGCGGGACGAAGACGGUAGGAUCGAGAUCGAUUGUAAUGCCGAAGGGGUGCUCUUCGUCGAGGCUGAGACCACCUCCGUCAUCGAUGAUUUCGGCGAUUUUGCGCCCACGUUGGAGCUCCGGCAGCUCAUUCCUGCUGUGGACUAUUCCAAAGGGAUUGAAUCUUAUCCCCUUCUGGUCUUGCAGGUAACAUAUUUUAAAUGUGGUGGAGUCUCACUUGGUGUUGGUAUGCAACACCAUGUAGCGGAUGGGUUUUCUGGGCUCCACUUUGUGAACACAUGGUCAGAUAUGUCUCGGGGCCUUGAUCUUACCAUUCCGCCAUUCAUAGACGGCCGGACCCUACUUCGUGCGCGCGACCCGCCUAAACCUGCAUUCCAGCACGUCGAAUACCAGCCGGCUCCGCUGAUGAAGACCCCUGUCCAAUCCACAAAAUCCGGUACCGAUAGCACAAUAGUCUCAAUGUUUAGAAUAACCCGAGACCAGUUGAAUACGCUCAAAGCCAACUGCAAAGAUGAUGGCAACACAGUCAACUACAGCUCGUAUGAGAUGCUGUCUGGUCAUGUGUGGAGAUGCUCAUGCAAGGCACGUGCGCUUCCCGACGAUCAAGAGACCAAAUUGUAUAUCGCGACCGACGGACGGUCCAGAUUGCGUCCUCCGCUCCCGCCCGGGUACUUCGGGAACGUGAUUUUCACUGCCACGCCAAUGGCCUUGGCGGGUGAUCUCCUGUCCAAACCAACAUGGUACGCUGCGAGCAGGAUUCACAACGCAUUGAAACGGAUGGACAACGAUUAUUUGAGAUCAGCCCUUGAUUAUCUUGAGCUUCAGCCCGAUCUAUCGGCUCUUGUUCGCGGGGCCCACACUUUUCGGUGUCCAAAUCUUGGCAUAACAAGCUGGAUCAGGCUGCCGAUUCAUGAUGCUGAUUUUGGGUGGGGCAGGCCCAUAUUCAUGGGGCCAGGUGGGAUUCCGUAUGAGGGGUUGUCGUUCAUGAUACCAAGUCCAACCAAUGACGGCAGCUUAUCAGUUGCAAUAGCUCUACAAUCUGAACAUAUGAAAGUGUUUGAGACAUUGUUAUAUGAGAUCUGAGGAAGAUGAAACGCCCUGCCGUGGUUUCUUUCCUUCUUUCCUAUGCCAUGCCAAAAAGUUUUCCGGAGGUGGUUGUGUUCCUUUUCCCUAGUGCUUCUCGCCUCUCUCUUCAUACAUAAUUUGUACCAUUGAAAUCUGACUUGUUUAAACUGUGAAGUGGACUUAGAAACAAGUGUAUCUUUUUAUUUAAUAUUGAAUUCACAGGAAGCAUAAUCA